AUGGCUACAACACUUGUUGCUCAACCAAGUCAAAAUCUCGAAACAUUCAUUCUUCUUUGGCUUGAUAGUUUAGUAAAUAAAUCAGAAGACAACAUUGAUACUAAAAAAGUUCUUCGACAAGCUUUAACUUAUGUCAUCCCAUUUGAUGAUAGUGAAAAAUGUCUGGAAUUUAUUCAAUCACAUGCACAAGAAAGAAUUGUUUUAAUUGUUAGCGGCCGAUUAGGACAAAUCUUAGUACCACAUAUUCAUGAAUUUCCACAAUUGAUUUCAAUCUAUGUUUAUUGUUCUGACAAGGAACGAAAUGAAAAGUGGGCUAAAGAUUUCAUUAAAGUAAAAGGUGUAAUUGUUGAUUUAAAUAACUUAAUUAUACGAAUAAAAGCUGAUCAAACAAAACGAAAUGAUUAUAAAAUUGAUGAAUCAUUACCAAUAAGAGUUUUUUAUAAGAGUUCUGAAGAAAAACAAUCUGUAGUUAUAAAUAAUAAUAAUUUUAUUUAUUUGCAAUUAAUAAUCGAUUGUUUAAGUCAAAUGAAAUCAAAAUUAAAUACAAAACCUAAACUUAUUUCAUUAUGUAAAGAAGAAUAUAAAGACAAUAAAAAGGAAUUAAAUGAUAUUUAUGAAUUUGAAGGAAAUUAUACAUCUGAUCGUGCAAUAUGGUGGUUAACAAGAGAAUCAUUUGUUAAUAAUAUGUUAAAUAAAGCAUUUCAAUCGAUAAAUAUUGAUUUAUUAUAUUAUUUUCAUUUUUUUAUAACUGAUAUUCAACAACAAUUAAUAGAAAAUAAAUAUUCAUCAUCACUACGUACUUUUCGUCCUCAAUUAAUGUCAAAUCAAGAAAUAAAAUUAUUAAAAUAUUCAAUGGGUGAAUUAAUUUCAAUUAAUACUUUUUUUUUUACCACACCAAAUCGUCUACAUGCAAUUGAAAUGUUUCAAAGUUCUGAUAUAAAACCGGAUUUCAAACGAGUUUUAUUCCAAAUUGAUGCUGAUUCUCAACUUGAAGAUAUGAAACCAUUUAGUGAUAUUACUUCAUUAAAUUAUUUUACUGGUACAGAUAUUAUACUUUUUAUGGCUGGAACAAUAUUUCGUCCAGUUGAUAUUUGUCAAGAAAAUGAUAUGAUGAUUAUACAAAUGGAAACAUAUAAUGAUAAAGAUCGAACUAUUAAGACAAGAAUAGAUAUUGCUAAAGGAGAAGAAUAUGGUGAUACACCAGAUCUAUUUUCAUUUGGUUAUGUACUUUCAAAGAUGAAAAAAUUUGAUGAAGCUGAAAAGUAUUAUAAUCGAUUGUUAGAAGAAAUGCCUAAUGAUCAACAUUCAAAAAUAUGUUGUUAUCAAGGAUUUGGUGCGAUGGCAAUGGAAAAGAAAGAUUAUGAUUCAAGUAUUCAAUAUUAUCAACAAGCACUUAAUAUGAAGAAAUCGAUAUUAAGAUCUGAAGAUCCUGAAAUAGCUUCUGCAUAUGGCACUAUCGCAGAUAUUUAUGUUAAGAAAGGUGCAUUUACUGAAGCAUUUCAAAUAUAUAAUGAAGCAUUAAAAAUAUGGACUCGAGCGUUAGGUAAAGAUCAUCCAAAGGUUGCAACAUGUUAUAAAAGUAUUGCUUGUAUAUUUGAAAUGCAAAAUAAAUAUAAUGAAGCUAUUGAUUAUUAUGAAAAAGUUUUAAUAAUAUACGAACAAAAUUCCAGUAUUCAUGAGGCUGAUGUAGCUCAACUACAUAAUCAUAUCGCACUUAUAUAUAAUAGUAUUGGUGAUUUGAAUCAAGUAUUAAAACAUUACAAAUUAGCUUGGAAAAUUUUCUCAAAAGUUUAUUCUAAUAAUCAUCCAGAUGCGAUAACAGCAUUGAAAAAUAUUGGUCUUACUUAUGAAGCAGCUGGUAAUUUAAAUCAAGCUCUAGCACAUUAUGAAAAAAUAGCUUCAAUACAUCGUCAACUAUUACCUUCAAAUCAUCCUGAGAUUAAUGAAAUUCAACGAGAUAUUAAUCGUGUAUAUUCUCAAUUAAAAUAG